GAGAGAUAUCAUAUUGUUCAUUUCUCCCUCCCAGUCUACACCAUCUCCUUCUCCUUCUUCUUCUUCUUCCUCUCUUCUUCCUCUUUUUCUUCUUGCUCGGUGCGUCCUGGAGAGGACGGCAGAUAGAGGCACGGACAGAAGGAGGGCGGACUGCCCCUUUAACAAGCGUCGCAUCUGACUAAAACAGCGGAGCAGCUCGUAAAUCGGGAAUCGGACGGAGAGGGAGGCAGUGGGUUCUGCAGCGCCGAGGUGAUGUUGGAGAGCUUCAAAAAAAGAGUCUCCACAAAUCCACCGGCGACGCCAAAGCCACGCUGAUGAGACCACAGAAAGCGACGAGUUCCGCAGUUUCCUGUUGGAGCUUCACGCCCAAGAGCUUGUCUCCUUCACCAACUUAAACAAUGUGGGCGGUGGGUGUUGCUCAGUCAUUCAUGGGCACUUCAGUCUGGUCUCUGUGAUCUGGACCAAGACACCCGGCAGAGCUUCUUGUGUUCUUCCUCCAUCGCUGCCUCCCUCCCUCAGCUUCCUCCUCCUGCUCCUCAGUUCACACAUUGUAAAAGGUGGACGGGCCAAUACUCCACUUACCAGAGCGCCGUCCGAUAGGUGAGGGCGGCGAGGGCUGCGCUGUCAUUGGCUGACUGCUGGUGAGAGUGCGAUGCGGAUAGGAGGAUGUCGGGGGACUGGGAUGAAGACCUGUGUAAGAAGGCGCUGGUGUUGGUGGAAGAGCUGUGCUUCAACUCCCCAAGGGGCUACAGCCAAAGCGAACGCUGCCAGGAGUUCGUCUACCUGCUGAGAGGUCACAACAGACUGGACACAGAAAUCUCUGUCAGUCUGCUGUCGGUCAUCGUGACAUUCUGCGGCAUCGUCCUCCUCUCCGUCUCCCUCUUCGUCUCUUGGAAGCUCUGCUGGCUGCCAUGGCGGGACAAGGAGGGCGGAGGCCUGAGCCUGACGUCGGGGCUGCUGCCCGGAAGCGCCGGCGUCGGAAGCCUCGGUGGCACAGGGGGGUCGUCACUCUUGCCGCCUCUGCUGCAGAGGAAGGAGGGCACCUCCUCGUCCUCGCUCUACCCCUCACUGGGCCAGCAGGGCCAGCACCAUCCCCACUUCUCUGACCUGGUGGGCCUGGAGAGGGGGGAAGUGGGAUGUGUGGCUGGUGGGCCACAAGAGACCCAGGAGCAUUCCUACCUGGACAUGGACUCCUACCCCAACAACGCUGGUGAGAAAGGAACUCUGAAGCUGAGUCAGACGUCUCCGGAUGUGCCCAACACAGAGGGUGGAGCCCACCCACCAAAAGACCUGCCCAAUGCUCAUUCCCAGCAGCAGGUCACCCCACGGUCAGUGCCCAAGCCCAUGACUCACCAGCUCUCCAGUCCGGAUUUCCAUGGUGAGGAGAAGGAGCAGGUCACCAGCAUUGGGCAAAUCAAGCCGGAGCUCUACAGACCCAAGGGCGACCAGGGCGAAGGCAAACAGGGCGACAACUGUGGCAAGAUCAGCUUCCUCCUGCGCUACGCCUUUAACACGGAGCAGUUGGUGGUGAAGAUCCUCAAAGCUCUGGACCUGCCAGCGAAGGACGCCAACGGCUUCUCCGACCCGUACGUCAAGAUCUACCUACUGCCAGACAGGAAGAAGAAAUUCCAGACCAAGGUUCACAGAAAGACCUUAAACCCAGUGUUCAACGAGACGUUUCAGUUCGGCGUGCCGCUGAGUGAGCUACAUUCCAGGAAGCUGCAUUUCUCUGUGUACGACUUCGACCGCUUCUCCAGACACGACCUGAUCGGCCAGGUGGUGGUGGACAACCUGCUGGACUUCAGCGAGGGCAGCGGGGACAAACCCGUCUGGAGGGACAUCGUGGAGGGCACCGCGGAGAAGGCUGAUCUCGGGGAGCUUAAUUUCUCGCUGUGUUACCUCCCCACUGCGGGCAGGCUCACUGCUACAAUCAUCAAGGCCACCAACCUCAAAGCCAUGGACCUGACCGGCUUCUCAGACCCGUACGUGAAGGCCUCUCUGAUCUGCGACGGGCGAAGGCUAAAAAAGCGGAAGACCUCCAUUAAGAAAAACACGCUGAACCCCACGUACAACGAGGCGCUGGUGUUUGACAUUCCCAAUGAAAACAUAGAAAGUGUUUCCAUCUUCAUUGCGGUGAUGGACUACGACUGUAUUGGUCAUAACGAGGUUAUAGGGAUGUGUCGUGUAGGCAGCGAAGCUGAAGGCCCAGGAAGAGAGCACUGGACGGCCAUGCUGGCCAAUCCACGCAAACCCAUAGAGCACUGGCAUCAGCUUGUGGAGGAAAAAGCGAUUGGUACAUUUGUGUCGAAGAGCACUACAGAGUCCUCGCCUAAGCCUCACAUCGUCGUGGACAGUCCUCACUCUGAUUAAAACUGUCAUUACCAUCUCUCCAGCUCCAGACGUUUCUUUCUCUCCUCUCAUCUGUGAAUAAUUCUCUCCAUCAAAGAAAGAGAGACGUGGAGACACUGCUAGUGUCCGACUGCUAGUUGCUGUUUGCUCCUGCUAAUGAAUCCUCCACGUCCUGUGCCGACUUAACGGAGGCGGAACACACAUCUACCACAAUCUACACCUUGAGCGUCAGACUACACAUUUACAAACACACACAGACCUUAAACGGAAAAAAUUGGGGCUGAUAUCAGGUGUAAAUUUGGGAUCUAACAAACACAUAACGUACACACACACACACACACACACACACACACAAAUACACACAGAGUUUGUAGUAUGUGCGUAGUUCAUGUGUGCUUCACAUUAGAGUAGUUUUCAUCUAGGAGGAGCGUGAUGUGACAAACUGGUCUCUCUUCAAAAAAAAAAAAGAAAAAAGAAAGCCAUCAUAGAAUGGUCAUUUUAACCAGGACCAAAGGUUCAUGCCCUUGUACAGACUAUAAAAGAAGAAAAUCACUAUGUCGAUAUUUUUCUUUGCAACAUUGUUGUACAGUGUAUAUGCCGUAAUGUACAGGAAAGCAGACAUUUUCCUGCACAGUACGGACAAAGCAUCCAUGGAGGAUUCUCACGGCCAUUUUGGACGCCUUCUCCAGGCUCCGUACCGUCUGGGUUUGGACUUAUCUCGCUUAUUUUCCCCAGAGGAAAGAAGACGAAGCAUCCAGUGGUCUUUAUUGAUGUCAGAGGAGCGAAAAAUGAGAACUCAUUGGUCUAAGCAUGUUACACAACCUUGAAAUGUGUCCCUCUUCGUCAUGCGUUUUUCCCCGGCCCACGUGGUGCUCAUCAGCAUCAACUUUUAUUCUUCUGAAUGAUUUUGCUCCGUCUUUUGUGUCAUAGAAAAUAAAGGAAAGGGGUUUCUUCAUGUCAUUUUUGAAUCAUCCACUGAGGAUGAGAUGGUGUAGGUGAGUGAGAGACCUGGACUUAUUUGAUUCUGGCCAAAGUGGCUGACUUUUCCUCAAGUAGAUCCACGCAGGUUGAUCGCAGCCUGUGUUUAGCAUCGGACCAGCAUCUGUUUGGAGUGCACUCGCUGGAGGAAUAAUCCCACGGGAAAGGAUUUCACCACUCUGUUUUAUUUUUCUAUCACCCCAGGACUUAUCGAAUUAUUUUCUCAAAAAGUCAUCGUCCAGCUUCAACCGAGAAAUGGUAAUCGUCGAGUCCACAUUCCUCAUCAUCAUCUGACAAGACUUUAGAAGGAGACACACGUCUGUGUUGCUUUUAUUAGUGUGUGUUUCCGUGUUUGUGAGCGUGUUUGUUUUGUAUUUUCUGUGUGUGUGCGUAUGCCUGGGUGUGUCACUGUGACCUUGUGUGUGACACGUUCCUGUGUUCCCCGCCUCCCUCGUCCGUUUCUCUGUCGUCGCCUCCCCCACUUCCCAAACUCCCGGCAUCCACAGACUGAAACGCUCGUCUCGGGGCCAAACGUGUCUCCUGUCCCGUGUCUUUACAAGGAGCCAUUUUGUGUGUGUGUGUGUGUGUGUGUGUGUAAGUUUGGGAGAGAAAGCAUGUGUGUGUGUGUGUAUGUGUGUACUAUAUGUGCCUCAUUGCACUAGGUGGGGGAACACUGUCUUUCAUAGACAUUAGUUUGUAUUGUCUAUGUCGUCUCAGCUGCCAAUCAUUCAACCCUCCUUUCCUCUCUUACCCUUUGCCUGAUGUAAGUAACUGUGUUGACCGUGUACUUCUUUCAGUAAUUUGUGUACUGUAUGUGCGAGAAAAAAAACAAAAAACUGAAGGCACAGUUGGUUGAAAAUUAAAUUGUUGGGUGUGUUUUGAUGAAAGAAGGAAUGCAAAAAAAUAAAUAAAAAAGCCUCAUUUGUUGCGGCCUACAGAUCAUGACCAAUUUAGUUCCCCUUAAAGCAAGACAUCAGGGAGGAGGUGUUGUGAGAAAAUAGGCGACUGGAGCUUUUCUGCACUUCCUGUGUGAACCGAGACUUAUAAAGCCAUGUCUGUCACUGCUACUACGACUACUACUGUAACCUCAGCAAAACAACAGUAUAACACCUCACUGCAGCUACUCGUAUUGCUGUCGUUGCCCCUUCUCUCAUCGUUUCCCCCGAAAACACACACCGUUUCUUUGUGUGUACGUGUGUUUGUGUGUGUGUGUGUUUGUUUCAGGGGGAGGGAUCCUGUUUAUUUCUCUUUACCUUUGGGUGGUGAGGGUGCAGCGAGACUUGUGGGGGCGUGCUUGAUCAGGUAUUCGGGAGGGGACACGUCCCGCAUAAUACCCAGCAAGUAUUCAGGGUGGGUUUGUCAGCUGCGGGGUUAUCGAUCUGCUUGUAUAAGUAGAUAUGGUAUUGAUCCAUCGGUCUCGAGGCCCCAUAAUUCUCUCUCUUUCCCCAGUCUCUCUAUGUCUCUGCCUUUGUCUACCCUAUUUAGCCCUUGUGUUAGUGCCUGGUGAUAAAUUACAGAACUCAUAGUGGAACCAGCACAUUCCCCUAUUCUCUCCCUCCCUCGGCCUGCCUCCCCCCCAUCUCUUUUUCUGUCCUUCUGAUUACUCUCUGAUUACUCAUUCUCUCCCCCAGCGAUCCUUACCUUUCCUCCUCUCCCGCCACCUAUUCCUUUCUCGCUCUGUUUUUCCUCCCACCGCCAUCCCCUCUCCCCCGCUCCCUCCACAUCCCUCCAUCUUGCCCUCUUUCUUUCUCUCGUUCGUUUCUCCGUGUCUCUCCCCUCCCUCUCGAUUCUCUUUUCUCUCGCUGUCUUCUCGUGUUAGUGCAGUUCCGAAUGGUCAUGGGGAAACAUGUUUGCAUGCUUAUAUUAACAUGAAUGAUGUCAACUUGAUGCAAUGAAAAAUUAUAUAAGUGAUGCUUUAAGCAAAAUCUGACAAUGAACUUGAUACUAAUACUACUAAUGAUGACUAAAUGGAGAUCUAGCAAUUGUUUAUCUCUGUGGUCAAAAACAACAAUGAUGAAAAAACAUUGUUUAUGCUGUAUUUAUCUUUCUGGAAUUGGUAUUCUUUUUUGAUCUUCAGUUGUUUUUUAUAUAUGAUUUAUUCAAGAGGUUUACUUUUUUAUUGGUUAUUGCUGAGAAUUUGAGUGAGGGGUUCAGUCGGGGGGGGGGGAUUGUUUCAGUCAGGACAGCUGUAUCAGGUCGCAGGAUGUUGGUGAAUGUGUCAGCAACAGUGUGACUGAAGCAAUGAUAAUGGAA